GCCAGUGGUACAUCGCUACACUGCCUCAUCUGAUGCCUUCAAGCAACUACCACUGUACGUUGCUACAACGGUACAGUACGGUACUAGUGAUGAGCUGUACAUGUAUGUACACUAUCUGCCGCCGACAAAUCUUGCAAGCAGCAUUCUUUGCAUUCAUUGGAUCAGGGGGCCAAAAGCUUUUUGUAACUAUUCUCGUCCUUCGAUUGCCGAUUUCGUACCGGUACAGUCGUACCCUCUUGACCAUUGAGGCUUUUGGAGGUAGCACCGUAGUAACCUCGAAAAGCAAAGAAAAGAAAAGGUUGGAGGUCUCACAAGCUGAAGAUUGAAUCAUUAUUAGCAUCAAGUUCCCAUCACCAUCACCAACAGAUACUAAAGACAAUGCACCGACACUCCACCGAGAGUGCUGAUGCCCCUUGGGAGCGGCCCUUGAGGCCAGCCAAUUUCAUGUCGCUCUCGUCUCGUCGAGGAGAAGAUCAUACCAUACCAAAGUGUCCUGUUCCCAUCACCAGCCCAACCAGACGAGUCAUGAGAAACAACUUGAAUGAUACCCUGGCAAGUGAUUGCUGGUCCUCUGGUUCAACCGAAAGCGAUGCAAGUGCUCGUCAGAAGAAAGAUAAGCAAGUCAGUCCUCCUUGCAAGCCGUCCACCCAGAGCACAAACUUUUGUCGGACCUCAAAACCCGCAAGCCAAGCACCCAAGGAGGGACACGCCAUCAGCCAACUAAUGCAAAGAAACAUGCCCAGAUUGUAUCCUAAUCUUGAUGAAAUGAAUACCAACCAUUCUGCAAAGCGGGCUGCUACGUUGUCUAAGAUGGAUGCGCACCGUCGCCAACGAAUCCAGUGCCGGUCACAAAAGCUCUGCCAGGGGUCAGAGCAAGAAGCUCAGGAUGUUCCCGUCGUUACUGCACCCCAAGAUCGCGUCGUUGAAAGAAACGACUCCUCCUCGGAGGCAAAGAGUUGCCUCCAAGACCAGGAACGUCAAGACAUGAUCCACCACCACCAAGUAGAAGUGAAGACUGAUGAUGGUGUGGAUGGCGCCUCGCAAAAGUCCGAGGACAACAAAGAAGACGAGUCGGAAGAAAUGUCCAAAACGCCGUCGUUCUUCCAUGACAUGGGCCCUUCUUCUCAUCAUGACGAGAUGUCCAACACGCCGUCGUUCUUUCAUGACAUGGACCCAUCUUCUCACCAUUACCGACAACAACAAAGUCACAGCACAAGGAACCAAGCAUCCAACCCCAUGGGCGGCGACAAGGCCAUCCCCAAGGCAUUGGACAAAACCUAUCUGAAGCAACUGGCGUCCCAGCACCGUUUCAGUGUCAGUGCCAAUAUCAUAUCUGGAACCGGACGAGCAACAGUCGAUGGUCCUGUUCCUGCACCUCGUCAGCUACCUACCCCUGGAGCCAACAACGGGGGGACACUUGUGACUCCUCCGGUCAGUCCAUUCGUGUGCCAGGGCUCGCCCCGAACUGCAACAAGACAUCAGUACGUUCCUUCCACCACCGCCACAGCAAAUAAAAAUCAAACCAAAAAAGAGAGAAUGAUGGUGGAGGUAUGGCCCGGUUUGAGUGCUCCUCUUCGGGGAUCGGAUGAAACGGUGACAGCCGUGGCCCAUCGCUUCUAUACAUCCUUCAUUUGCUUUGGAUGCACUACUCGAGUCUAUUGCAUUGCCGAUGUCCAGUUUGCCAUUUGUCCCGUUUGCCGUGUCAUUAGUCCGCUGGAACAUGAGGACACCUAUUGUGGUCAACCCAUACCCGAGCGCUGGGGACUGGGCCUGGGGUUCACAUCCGACAGCCUCUGGAACAUGCAAGUUGACAUUGCCGCAUUUGGUGGAAUGUGAGGCUGUUUUACUUAUUACGGCAUAAGGUACUUUUCUUUGUAAAUGUGUAUUAGACUACUGGAAAGUAC